CCGCCCGCUCGCUCGCCCGCCCGCCCGCCCGCGUGCCGGGGCUGCGGUGGGCCAGGAUGUCGGUCUUCCUGGAGGAGCUGCUGGGCGACAAGCUGGUGACGGGCUGUGGCGAGGAGGUGGACGUGCACUCGCUGGGCGCCCGCGGCAUCGCGCUGCUGGGGCUCUACUUCGGGUGCAGCCUGAGCGCCCCCUGCGCGCAGCUCAGCGCCAGCCUGGCCGCCUUCUACGGCCGCCUGCGAGGGGACGCGGCGGCCGGGCCGGGGGCCGGGGCCGGGGCGGGAGCGGCCGCGGAGCCAGAACCCCGGCACCGCCUGGAGAUCGUCUUCGUGUCCUCGGACCAGGACCAGCGGCAGUGGCAGGACUUCGUGCGGGACAUGCCAUGGCUGGCGCUGCCCUACAAGGAGAAGCACCGGAAGCUUAAACUUUGGAACAAGUACCGAAUCUCCAACAUUCCGUCGCUAAUAUUCCUGGAUGCCACCACAGGGAAGGUUGUAUGCAGGAAUGGGCUCCUGGUGAUCCGAGAUGACCCGGAAGGUCUGGAAUUCCCUUGGGGACCUAAGCCCUUCCGGGAAGUUGUCGCCGGGCCCUUGCUUAGAAAUAAUGGACAGUCACUGGAGAGCAGCAGCCUGGAGGGGUCUCAUGUUGGAGUCUAUUUCUCUGCACACUGGUGUCCGCCCUGCCGAAGCCUUACCCGAGUGUUGGUGGAAUCCUACCGGAAGAUCAAGGAAGCAGGCCAGAAGUUUGAGAUCAUCUUCGUUAGUGCAGACAGGUCGGAGGAGUCUUUCAAGCAGUACUUUAGUGAGAUGCCAUGGCUCGCUGUCCCCUACACUGAUGAGGCCCGGCGGUCACGUCUCAACCGGCUGUAUGGAAUCCAAGGCAUCCCCACGCUCAUCGUGCUGGACCCACAGGGGGAGGUGAUCACACGGCAGGGCCGGGUGGAGGUGCUCAACGAUGAGGACUGCAGAGAGUUCCCAUGGCACCCGAAGCCCGUGCUGCAGCUCUCGGACUCCAACGCUGUGCAGCUCAAUGAGGGCCCCUGCCUCGUCCUCUUUGUAGAUUCUGAGGACGAUGGAGAGUCCGAGGCAGCCAAACAGCUGAUCCAGCCGAUAGCUGAGAAAAUCAUCGCCAAGUACAAAGCCAAAGAAGAGGAGGCACCGCUGCUGUUCUUUGUGGCUGGGGAGGAUGACAUGACUGAUUCCUUGCGAGAUUACACCAACCUGCCUGAGGCCGCACCCCUGCUCACCAUUCUGGACAUGUCAGCCCGGGCCAAGUACGUGAUGGAUGUAGAAGAGAUCACCCCAGCCAUUGUGGAGACUUUUGUGAAUGACUUCCUAGCAGAAAAGCUCAAACCAGAGCCCAUCUAGUGGGCCCUGGCCUCCUGAGACGGUAUUUAAGACACAGUCUUCUCCUCCCCUCCCUCCCCUCAGCCCUUGGACUUUGCCAGCUUGUCCUGAAUCACAAACCCAAGUGGCCAAUCUCUGCGGUGCCUUGUUUCUGCAUUAACAACUCAGCUAGAGCCCAAGGGUGUGUGUCCUCACAGCCAGCGGCAGGCAGCAGAACCCACCGUGUUUGGAGACGGCUUGGGAUCUGUGAGGAUGGCUGACCAGCCGGGACUGCCGCACUCUCCUGGUCACUAGCUCUUGGUGAAGGACCUGCCUCGGUCUUCUGCAGAGUGAGCAAGCAAGGACAGUGGACUGGGGCUCUGACUCUGGGGUCAGUACACACCCCCCAAGCCACAGGGAACUUUCCUGUGACACUCUGUGGGAGUUACAGAGGAAGGGCCAUAGCCUCAGGGGACGCCGGCUGAGGGCUGCUGGUGAACAUACUUUGUAAGGACAUACAUACUCUUUCUUGGUCUGAGGGAAAAACAGCACGUCAGUGGGUUCUUGGGCAGGGGACCUCCAGAUCUGCAAGGGAACUUGUGGGUUUUUGUUUUGGGGGAAAUGAAUAGCCGAGCUAACCGUUCAUAGAAUGCUUACUGUGUGGAUAGUUUCCUGAUCCCCCUAUCUUUCUUCCUUGCUCUUGACCACCCCCUAGAUUUCUGCCCAUACAAAAAUCUCUCGAUAUCUUGGGGUUUUGGG